AAGACCCAACAGUAAAAGUUUAAUAAAAACAACAAGUUACAUCUACUCAAAUAAGCUUCAAAAGUUUUUUCACCACUAAUUUUAUAAGUCUUUUAAACAAAUUCUGUUUUUUCAAGUUUGUAUUACUUAACCAUUUUGAUUUAUUUCAGAGAUAACGCUUAAAAAAAUUGACAGUUAUUAAAUUAGAUGUCACGCACGUACGUACUGGUUCCACCUCUUUUUCCCACAGCAAGUUGAGUUUGAGGAGAAUUCCGUCGUGCUUGUUUUUCCUGCAUCUUUAGUGGAUAUAAGUUUGUACCUUUAGACGAAAUAAGGCAAAUAUAUAUAUGUAAAGGCUGUGACAGUCUUUUUAUUUAAUCUGGAGUUACACUGGUAAUUAAAUUGGGGAGGAAACGUAUUAAGGCAUGCAGCAUCCUUUCGAACGUGAACUACUAACCGUCCCUGCUUUGCUAACGACCUUUGCCGCCAUAAUCGCUGUCUUUGGAUUGGGAGCGUUUAUCUGGUUGACGUUGAAGCAGCUGGCCGGUGUGUAGAGAUGUCCGUGUGAAACUACGAGUGCUGGUACAGUGAGCAUCUAAGGUCAUUUGAGCUGACAUCAUUAGACACCUGUUCUGUCCAUGAGCUGUCAGAACUAAAUGAUACAACGCAAGGAGAUCAUCAGUGAUGACCUGCCUGUUUCUCAGAUCCUGGAACGCUGGCCUGCCCUGCAAGUGGAGUCCCAGAUCUCAGCAGAGUUUCACAGAAUUACAAACAUCAACCUCAAGAACCACUUCUAUGCUGUGUUGGACCAACAUGUCCGCCGUCUUCAGACCUUACUUCGAAAGAAAGCUGCUCGCACAGGGAAAGUGUCCGGGGUUUUGGAUCAAUUCUUCAGGGUUUAUGACCUUCAGGAGGAAGUUGAUGUAAAUAUUAGACAUGCUGCUGUCCUCCAUGCUCUGCCUGCCUACCUGUGUGAGGAUGCCUCCAGCUUUCUAAAGACUUGGAAUGCGGGGCAGUCUGAUGAACCAUAUAUUGAAGACAUACCUCUUGGUCUUGUUUUAGUUGGUGCCAGCUCAACAGAUGCCACGCUCUUCAGCCCAGAGAAGGUUGCACUUGUACUUGAGAGUAACAUGAUCAUUGAUCUUCCCACUCUGGCUGAUGCUUUUGCCGUGUUAUUUGGACUAAUUUACGCCUUGCAUCUGAGUUACCCAAAAACACUGGCCAACACGUUUGACUUUACUCAAAAAGUCUUGAUGGGUCUGGAGGAUGGGAAGCUGAAACCAAAAGUGUUAAGUCUUAAAAAUGAGCUUUUAGCAGAGGAUUAAUCUCUAUGUGAAGUUGCCCCUCAAAGAUUUAACAUUUGUCUGGCAUAAUAUGGGGCAUCAAACAGCUUUUUUUGAAAGUAGGUAUCAGGUUGUUUUUUCUGUUUUUAACAAAGUUACAUUUACAGUUCUUAAUGUUUGAUGCAGUCUAGGG